AGAUGCAAUCAGAACAAAGUGUUGCCAAAAUGUUGAGCACACACUAGCAGAAGGGCUGGUUUGAGUUUUAAGCUGUGCAAAUGUGUUGUAAAAUAUACACUAUGAAAGGAUGUGUAUUUCAUAACCAGCUUCAAAUGAAACUAAUGACUAGACUGCUGCUUGUCACCGAGAUAAACCCAUGAAAUUGUAAGCCAACAUAAGGCACGGCUAUGCCAGAAGGACAUCGCGUCAUCUUUCUGUACUCAACUUUGUUGGGGGGCUUAUCCUAUUUUAGGAAUGAUAUAUCCUACAUUCCUUAGACAUUUUACAAAAGGGCUUCAUAUAGGAUAAUAUUUCAUGUCUUCACGAUCAUAGGACUUUAGUUCAAUGUAAAUGAAGAAAGUGAAGUGCGUCACAUUCACCUGUCCGAAAGUUGGGAUGGGGCGUCCAGCGCAGACCACUCCAUAGUAACUUAUUUUGAGGUACUGUUCCAUUUUAUGGAAAUAAUGAUCGACAUGGACCAGAACUUCCAGUACGUCGAUGCACAUUCAGUUGCCAACACGGCGUCAUCACCAAGCGACACCGUCCAACAUCACAACCACUUCGCGCCAAGCAUAUACUGGGAUUGCUUUGGGAUUGACAGUCUGUAGCGGAACUUUCUGUGUUCAGUAUGGACAUAAGGCGGUUUUUUGCGCCAACUUCUGCAAAACCUGCAGCGCCGAAGACCGCCCCAAAUGGAAACCCCGGCAAAGAUGCGAAGAAGCCUAAAUCUUCCUCAGACGAAGACCUAAAGAAUAAAAACAAAAGGCCAUCCAAGAUCAAAAGCCCUAAACCCGAAGCAAAACCGAGAGAAAGUGUCAAGAAACGAAAUAAACGUGCGAUCAUAGAAUCUGACUCUGAGGAGGAAUCAGUUAAAGAAAAGAAAAUAUCCAAGGAGAAACCGAAACCUAGCAAGGCAGAGCCCUCUGCUAAGAAGGAUCCUGUGCAAUAUGUCUCUGAAACAGAUUCCGACAGUGACAACUUCCUGUCCUUCAAGAACAAACCCAAACCCAAGGAGAACGGUACCUCAAAAACAACAACGAAGAAGAAUGCGGGCAAGUCCUCCCGGGGAUCAAAGGAGACCAUAACGUCUCCUGUCAAGCCCUCCUCCAGCGAGGGCAAAACCCCCCGCAAGACCCCUGCCCCCCCGGUACCCAGGACGCCCAAGGCCACGCCUCCCCCCCAGCCCAAACACACCCCCACUUCAGUCCUGGACUACUUUGGCAGCGGCGGUGUUCAGCGUUCGGAGAAGAAGCUGGUGGCGAGUGCCAAGAGGAAGGCACCGAGUCCGGACCAGCAGAGCGAUGAGCUCAUCGCCCAGCAGCUCCAGAAGGAGGAGGACAUGGAGCUGGAGAGGCAGGUGCACGAAGACGAAGACUUCGCCAGAACCCUCGCCAUGUUGGACGAGCAACCCCACGCCAAGAAGGCCCGCAAGGAAUCUCCCUCCCUGGCUGAGAAACGGGGUUCCAGUCCCUCUCCCAGUAAGACCAGCAAGGCCUCCGUUUCAAAGACCAGCGAGGAGGACUUCGCCCCUGAGGACGCCAUCAGCCCCACCCCUCAGAAGCCCUCUGCUCCAAUCAGAGCCAGCUCCAAACUGGCCAUGAUGAAGAAGAAGAAGGAGGAGGAGGAGGAGAAGAAAGGGGAAGCGACCGUCACACGGGAGAGGAGCGUUAUUAUGAUCUCUCCGGAGAAGAUUAAAACGUCUCCCAAGAGGGAGCCGCUGGCGCCCUCCAGCGCCGACAGGAAGUCCACGCGCAGAGUGUUAAGUGAUGCCCCCGGCCCCCCGCCCGGCGCUCUGAAGACCUCCCCAAAGGACGCAGAGAGCACGGAGGAUGCAGAGAAGAAGAAGGGCAACUCCUCCGGCUUCAGGGAGUACCUGAACCGAGACGGACCGCGGGCACUGGGCUCCAAGGAAGUCCCCAAGGGUGCGGCCAACUGUCUGGAGGGCUGUGUGUUCGUGCUGACGGGGGUCCUGGAGUCCAUGGAGCGAGACGACACCAAGUCCCUGAUCGAGCGCUACGGGGGCAAGGUCACGGGCAACGUCAGCAAGAAGACUAGCUACCUGGUGGCGGGACGCGACAGCGGGGUCUCCAAGACGGAGAAGGCGGAGAACUUGGGUACCACCAUCCUGGACGAGGACGGCCUGCUGGAGCUGAUAAGGACCAAGCCCGGGAAGAAGUCCAAGUAUGAGAUCGCCGCGGAGGCCGAGAACAAAGUGUCCAAGAGCCGGACCGCGGCCAGCCAGCCCUCCAAGACCCCCCCCAGGGCCCAGAAGGUCUCCCCCUCCAAGGGCAACUCCAGGUCCCCCCAGACCCCCAGCCCCUCCAAGACCGGCCAGUCCCGCGCCCGGGGGGGGGAGGGCAGGGCCGGGACCAGCGCCACGCCGCCCGGGCGGGGGGCGGCCUCGGGGGUCCGCCGCGGCCUCGGCCUCAGUCCCCCGGCCUCUUCCUCUUCCUCUUCCUCUUCGUCUUCCCGGGCGGCCGUGGUGAAAGAGGAGGCCAGCCUCCUCUGGGUGGACAAGUACCGCCCCCUCUCGUUGAAGGCCGUGAUUGGCCAACAGGGGGAGCAGAGCUGUGCCAAUAAGCUGGUGCGGUGGCUCCAGAGCUGGCACCGGCACCACGCUGGAGGCGGGGCCAAACCGCCAGCUGCAAAGUUUAGCAAGUUUGGCAGCGCUAAAGACGAUGGCUCUUCGUUCAAGGCAGCCCUGCUCUCCGGCCCCCCCGGGGUGGGGAAGACCACCACCGCCGCGCUGGUCUGUGAGGAGCUGGGCUACACCUAUGUGGAGAUGAACGCCAGCUGCACGCGCAGUAAGAACACCCUGAAGGAGGUGAUCGCAGAGUCCCUCAACAACACGAGCAUCAAGAACUUCUACGCCGGCACGUCUCAGACGGUGAGCAGCAAGCACGUCCUCAUCAUGGACGAGAUCGACGGCAUGGCGGGCAACGAGGACCGCGGGGGGAUACAGGAGAUGAUAGGCCUGAUCAAGACGUCUAAGAUCCCCAUCAUCUGCAUGUGCAACGACCGCAACCACCAGAAGAUCCGCUCGCUGGCCAACUACUGCUUCGACCUGCGCUUCCAGCGGCCCCGUGUGGAGCAGAUCAAGGGAGCCAUGAUGUCCAUCGCCUUCAAGGAGGGCCUCAAGAUCCCACCCCCGGCCCUCAACGAGAUCAUCCUGGCGUCCAAUCAUGAUGUCCGACAGGUGCUCCACAACCUGUGCAUGUGGUCGGCCACGGACAAGGUGAUGAGCUUCGACAAGUGCAAGACGGACGCGGCCGGCGCCCGCAAGGACAUGAAGAUGGGCCCCUUCGACGUCUGCCGCAAGGUCUUCUUGGCGGGCGACGAGGCGGCCCGCAUGAGCUUCAUCGACAAGUCAGACCUCUUCUUCCACGACUACUCCCUGGCGCCGCUCUUCGUCCAGGAGAACUACAUCAACGUGAGGCCCGUCGCCGCCGGAGGUAACAUGAAGGCCCACCUGGUGCUGCUCAGCAAGACCGCCGACUCCAUCUGUGACGGAGACCUGGUGGACAGACAGAUCCGCUCCCGACAGACCUGGUCCCUGCUGCCCACGCAGGCGGUGUACGCCAGCGUGCUGCCAGGCGAGCUGAUGCGCGGCUACAUGAACUCCUUCCCCACCUUCCCCAGCUGGCUGGGCAAGUUCUCCUCCACCAACAAACACGCCCGCAUCAUCCAGGAGCUGGCCUCGCACAUGAGCUUAAGGACGCUGAGCAGCAAGCAGGCGGUGAACCUGGACUACCUGCCCUACCUGCGGGGGGCGCUGCUGAGCCCCCUGCAGCGGCAGGGCGCAGAGGGGGCCGGCGAGGCGGUGCAGCUGCUGGACGCCUACCAGCUCAUCAAGGAGGACGUGGACAACAUGAUGGAGGUCAGCGUGUGGGGGGGCCAGGCGGACCCCUACUCCAAGCUGGACCCCAAGGUGAAGGCUGCGUUCACGCGGGCGUACAACCGCGAGGUGCACCUGACCCCCUACUCCCUCCAGGCGGUCAAGAAGGGGCGGCGGGGGGCCGGGGGGGCCGGCGGGGAGGGGGGCGAGCUCGGGGGAGAGGAGAUGGACUCGCAGGCACCGGCAGAGGAGGAGUCGCAGGAGGAGGAAGAGAACCUGAUGGACGGCAUGAUCAAGCUGAGGAAGGCUAAGGCUAAAGCGAGAACCACCAAGGUGACCAAGAAGGUUAAAGAUGAGGAUUCUGAGAAACCCAAACCCAGGGGAAAGGUCAAGGCCAAGGCCAAGAAGUGAGACUCUGCCCCAGAUCAUGAAGAACAGUCUUCCUGUGUACCCUCCCUUCCCUAUUGGCUCCUGUCUGAUCCCGCCUCCGGUACGCGAGCCCUCAUUGGUUGUGACGCGGGCUGAAGUGAUGCUCUGUUUCUGAAUAACUGGUGUCUCCGUGGAGAACGGAGCCGCUCUUAUCAGGAGGUGACCACCGCAACGUGCGGAUCUCUCCACUGGUUUGCUCCGUUUGAAUACAUCAUGUCAAGCAGAACGACUCCAUGGUCCACAGCUGUGUUACAACUAGUGUUUGUAACCUGUAAAUAGUUGACGUAAAAGCCCAAUGCUGUUACUUGUGUGUGCUUCAAUACUCCAACGUAGCUCUGUACAUGAAUCUCUUUUCUUGCACUUUUGAGAAGCAGUCAACUGGACAUCCAAACAGUUCUGUACAUAAAUCUUUGUAAAAAGCUGAAUUGAUUUCUGGUUCAUUUUCUGAAUUCCUACUAUUCUGCUACCUCCCUACUAUAGUUAUGUGGAUGGACUUUAUACUGAAACAGCAGAGUUCAUCCAUAAAUAAGAAAAAAACGGGUUAAUUU